UCCUAAGGAAUCAGUUCUUGGACAGCUCACAAACUGAGUAAAGUUUUGGACCUUGAUAAUUUGUGUGCAUCUGGCAGACCCUCCUCUGUCAGUACCCCUUCUCUCUGUAGCUGUUGUGUGCUCAGCCACAAAGUUCAUGACGGUUGCUGACGGUGACACUUUAGCGCUCAUCAUGCCUGUCCGAGCAGAGUGCUGCAGUGCUAUCGGCUCGGCCUGCUCAUCCUCGGCGUCUCUUGUUCCCCCUGCCCCGAUCAACACCUACCAGCCGGGUGUAGCCACCUCACUGCUGUACAGCGGCGCACAGUUUCGGGGUUACCAGAAGAGCAAAGGCAACGCUUACGACGUUGAGGUUGUUUUGCAGCAUGUGACUAUGGAGGACUCUUACUUGUGUGGAUACCUGAAGAUCAAAGGCCUGACUGAGGAGUAUCCCACUCUCACAACGUUCUUUGCUGGUGAAAUUAUCAGUCGAAAGAGGCCUUUCUUAACCAGGAAGUGGGAUGCAGAUGAGGAUGUGGACAGAAAACACUGGGGCAAGUUUCAGCCUUUUUACAAAUAUGCCAAAAGCUUCAACUCGGACGACUUUGACUACGACGCACUGGACAACAGUGAUUACGUCUUCAUGAGGUGGAAGGAGCAGUUUCUGGUUCCAGACCACACUAUCAAAGACAUCAGCGGUGCCUCCUUUGCAGGCUUCUAUUACAUCUGCUUCCAGAAGUCCACAGCCACUAUCGAGGGGUAUUAUUACCAUAGGAGUUCUGAAUGGUACCAGUCUCUAAACCUAAACCAUGUUCAGGUGCACAGUGUGCCCAUUUAUGAAUUUCGGUGACACAAACACACAGGAAUAUUGAGUGAAGUAAGGGACAGUUCAUGCUGCGCUGUGCUUAAAUGGGAUGGCAACGACGGAGGAGCCCUUUUAAUGCCAAGAAUGGCGGUGACCGGUUUUCCUCGCUGUGGGGAAAUAAACGUGGUCAGACACUCCUCUGGUGGACUGAAGGAAAUGACAAAUGGACAGUUGUCACUGUUGCUGUGGAGCUGAUGUUUGCCUCGGAUUUCAUUUUUAAUUUGUCCUUUUUUUUUCUUUUCUUUUUUUUUUCUUUUUUUUACCUGUUUUUAUUUCAAUUUUGUGCAACUGAUUGCUUUGUGCUCUCACAGUAUGUGUCUCCCAGGAGUUGGACAUCAAAACAGGUUCCAGGUUUCCUUCAGUGGAGACACUAUUAAUAUAAUUGCCUUUCAGUUAAGAGUUGCAAAAGAAAGAGUAUAAAGUUGUAAGAGGAGUUUUGUUCAGCAAAGCUUAAUUUAUUUCUCUUUUUCUGAUUAUAGAGCAUCUCUGAAAUAUCGCUUUGAUGCACCUUAGUGAUUAAUGCAGAGCGUGAUGUAGGGGUUUUGCCAAAAGGUUUCAACAGAAGCAAUGGUGAGCAGUGAUCCACUUUUUCUGCAAGGUCUGUGAGACUAAGUUGUUGUCUGUUGAUCAGGGAUGGUGUGAGCUAGAAAUGGUCAUUAAUAACCAAUCAUUUCCAAGCUGCUGUGUUUUUCAAAAAUCCACUAAACAUCUCAACAAAAAGUCUGUAAAUGGCUUCACUCUGAAUUUUCUCUAUGCAAGCCAAAGCUCACUAAUAGGAAGGGUUUCUUACACCACCUAACUUAAUUUCAGAUGGUUUCUCUUCAAGAGUGAUUUAUUUAUUUGUUUUAAUCAAGAGAAAGAAUGCAUAAUAAAAUUAAGAAUGAUAGAAAGGAUAAGGAGGUUUAUUUAAUUGCAAUGACCAGCAUUUAAAGCUCAGAUAUGUGACAACACCUUCCUCCUCGUGAUUAUUCUGAAAUGUUUUUCAGAAUUUUGGUCAUGUGGAAGUUGGACCAGAGUAAUAGAGAUUUCAUGGCACAUGUGUAGUUUGACUGGAGACUGAGUCUGUGGAUAAAGUUUAAGUUUCUGUCAGUUCCUGUCUCAUGGUCACAUUCAUCUGUCUCACAUUAUUUCCACUUGUAGAAGCAGUGAAAAUAUGUCUGCAUUGGUUUAUUUUAACACAUUUUUUACUUUUGAAAUAAGUCACAAAAGUAGGAUAUAACAUAGAGCUUCAAGUAAGACACUUAGCUACAGUGUGUGACUGUUCUGUCCAGUGGAGUAUUAUGUAAAGAAGCACCUUUGAGGCUCGAGGAGUGUUGAGUAGGAAAAGGUGAUGAAGAAUAAAGCCUCCUUGAUGCUUUGGGAAAAACCUGCUGCCUUACAAUUUUAAAUGCUUGUAAAGCUUUUUUUUUUUUUUUUAAGAAAUUAAGGUUAGUAAUAUUUUAUUUAAAAGGAAUCAUGAAAGUAUAUUUCUGUGUUUGAGAGAAGUUGUGCGAAGGCGCUUUUCAUCCACUUCUGAAGUUAAAGGUAAAGUGUUCUGCAAGGGGUUGAUGUAAAAGCUCUCUGCUGGAGAGAGCAUGUACUCUGCCUGCCUCUUUGUUGCUUGUAGACUUUCAGCUGGCCUGCAGCAUGACACGUGGUCUUGAUGGGUUGUUGUGGAAAUACUGUCGGCACUGUCAUUUUAUUAAAAACCCCAACAAGUGGAUUGGAGGUGUUGCAAUCUGAACAACUUCAAAAUAAUUACCUUUUUUUAUUCAUCAUAAAAUAGAGAAAUCAACAAAACGUGCAAUGUAAGAAAGUGUUUGGGAGUGUGUCAUUUAAAGUCAGUGACUGAUUACAUCUGAUUUAAAGGGUCGGUUUAGAGAAGAUGAUGUAUGAUAAAUCUGCUAUGAAUGUAAUGUGUGAGGAGAAAUAAAGAGAACUAUUUGUAUACUA